UCGAAUUUCCGGAGAGAUUGUAGGAGAUCAAACCUUAAAGAUAGCUUUUGAGGUCUGCAAACGAGCGCGUAGAAGUGGAGUUGGGAUCAAGAUAAGGCGGAGAAAGCAGUCGAGUGGGCGGUUCUGGCAAUGCAAAAGAGCGAUGAAAUAAUGAUGAGCGUGAGCGGAGUCUAGCUUGUGUUACGUCCUGCAUGCAGUCAAAACGUGCUGGCUUUGCUAGACGGAUGAAGAGAAUAGCUGGUGGAAGAAGAUUGGGAUAAGAGACAGCCUCUAGUGAUGAUGAUCACGUACUCUCUGAGGUGACCUCAAGUGCCAGCAGUGAUGACAUCCGAGGUAGUUGGACCUACGAGUGGAGUCUUGUUCACAGUUUGAGCCCUGAGUGGGAACUUGAUACCUGUGACACUGACAUACAAUCCAGUUCUGCAAAUAAUUCGGACAUUCCACAGAGGAGAAGAUCCCUCAAUUUAGAGAGAAACUCUGUGGACCAAGGAGAUAUGACCCGGAUGGAUCCUUCACCCGUUUGCAGUGCUCGAAGUCCCUGGAUGGAUGAGAGGAGAGGUAGAGACCGAUCCCGCAGAGCGUCAGAGUCCAGGGAAGGCAAGGAACAAGAGAGCGGCUAUUUCUCUCCAGACAGAAGAACUGAUGGUGAUCAGACAGAGGACUUCAACAAAAGGGCUUAUCGUUACUACGAGAGGGGCCACCCCCUCCCCAACAACUAUGUCCCUGAGCCCAAAGCUUCUGUCCCAUACAGGAACGUCAAUCUUGGUGUUCCCUCCCAAAGGAGAAACCCAGAAACCUACAUGCAAGAUUCUUGGAGAAGUGAAUCGCCUCAGAGGUACACCUACCACUCCAAUUUUAGAAGGGGCACUGCCUCAUUGAGGAACUCUCCGACACGCCACAGUUCAGUGAGCCCAGAUAGAUACAGGAGAUCGGACCACCGAAUGCGCUCUCUUUCUAGAAGUGAGACAAGAUCGAAUGGCUCCUCUCACCUUCCCUUACAUGCACCCUCUCAGCAUACAUCCGGCAGGUCUAGUCCAUCACAUAGAAUGGGUUCCUUUACUUCUCGGGCAGCAUCUCCAUCCAGACUGACACCUUCUCACAAGUCCUUUUUACAGAAUGGAGGUUAUGGAUUACAGAGAGGAUGCAGUCGAGAAUCCAGGAGCCCGUCACAAGCCUCCAACAAGCAUAGUUUAGACUCCGAGAGGCUAUACAGGAAUCUGGAGUCUAUCUCCCGCCGUGCCUCCUCCUCAACAUUUCAUCAAAACACAAACAAAGAAUCCCAAAGAACUCCUCGGACAAGGGAAGUAUCUCCAUGCAGAAAUGGCUCACACAGCCGCACAUCACACAGGGAGCCAUCCUCCAGAGACAGCAGGCAAAGCGCCUCCCCGGGUUCCUGGAAGGGGUCAUCACAGUCUGUGCUCAGCAUCCCCAUCUCUUGUGGUUCCUCCGCAUCAAAACAAGGUGUGUGCUCUCAGGGGUCUGCUGUAUCUCCUCUCCAUGUUGCAAUCAUGGAAACGGAUAAGGGCACUGAUGAGAAUAUUACGCUCAGCGGCGACAGAAGCAGGAGUAGCGUGAGGCGAGGCAUGGAGGCCUUGUUGCUCUCUGAGCCUAAGGGGACUGCACAAGAGUUGGAGGUGGGGAUGACAAUGGAAGACUACAUAGUACUGGCUGACAUACCAACAAUCCAGCUGGAAUCAGAGGAAGAGUAUCCCGGGCUGAGGAGGAGGAACCAGAGUCCCAGUCCUUGUAGGGACCAAAGGUUCCGGACUCAAAGCCAUCAACCUCAAUCAGACUUCUACAACUGGAAGUUUGAGUCGGAUGAAAGGGGCAGAGGCAGAGAGCGAGGGAGAGACAGGAGAGAGAAGGACUCAGAAAAUGGACGACUUUCUCAAAGGCAGUCGACAGCAUCUCUUCAUAUGCAGAGCCUGGACAAGCGAAGGGAGGAGACUGUAAAGGUGAAAGAGCGAGCGCCUCCUGAUAGUCCACAGACACAGGGGUGGAUGUCUCGACUGGAUGAAAACGGCAAGUGGAGGAAAUAUUGGUUUGUCCUGAGUGAUGCAUCGCUGAAGUAUUACAAAGACACCAAGGCUGAGGAGUCGGACGACGUGGAAGGAGAGGUCGACCUUUCCUCGUGUGUCACCGUGUCAGACUGUAACGUGGAGAACAACUACGGCCUCCAGAUUGAAACAAAGAGAGCAGUGUUCACUCUCUCUGCAGUAACCUCUAGGUUGCGGCAGAACUGGGUGACAUUACUGAAGCAGGCCAUCCAGAACAACAAAAACCAAUCAGACAGCAGCAGCGAGAAAGGGAACCCCCUCUCCCGUGGACCGUCGUCAUGCCAACCAGCUGCUCGCUUCACCUGCCCCGACUUUGAGGCUACACAUUCCCACACCACAAGAACUGACUCCCAUCAGGCCAAUGGCUCACGUCAACCUACAGACGUGAAAGUGCAUGCAAACGUGUUCUCGGACCUUCACAAAGAAGAAGAUUUGGACUGCGACUGGGCUAAGCGACUGGAGGAGAGGAACAAGUGGUUUGAAGACGGAGUCCCUUUCACUGAAAUGGGCAGCCGGUGGGACGACAUGCAGCUGAAGAGGGGGAGUGUACCUGUGCCUGUCAUUGACACCAUGGACUCAGAGGUCAGCAGGAAGUGGACGGAAUUGGAAAGGCUGUCAUUUAGUGGCAUGACCGCGCAAUCACUCAUUGGAGCCCAGGCAUAUCAAACAAUCACACCCUAUUCCAAUCAGCCUCCGGUUGACUCUCAGACAUGCAAAUCAAGCCCUGCUAAGGAGGAAGAGUUUGUCACCAGUUUACCAACAGACUCAUCCUGCUCUAAGGAGGCUCUCCCAACUAUGAAUGGGUCGCACAUUGUUCAAACAAACACAGCUGAAGCCCUACAAAAGGAGGCCCAGUCCCAGUCCCUUCGAAAACAAGUAGAGAGCAUUAAGAAAGAGCGUUCAGGCAUGGUCAUAAAGGUGGACUGCCCGUGUGGACCUGGGGCCCCCUGCAGGGCUAUACUUGAAGCUAUGGAAGCAGCCCAUCAGAAAGAACUGCAGGAGCUGCAAGAGAAACAUGAGGAGGAGAUCAGCGAGCUGGAAGGACAAAGAGAGAGGAUGCUGGAGGAGGAGCGACAAGCUGCUGCUAAAGCAAUUGAAGCGCUAAGAGCAGCCCACAGUGAAGCGCUGAAGGCCAGGAGGCUCCCCGGUGGAGACGCACACAUGGAGACGUCUUGCAGAGGGCACAAGCCCCAGGACGAUGUGUGGCGCAGUGAGUUGGAUGUACUGUCUGAACGAUACUCUCAAAAAUGCCUGGAACUGAGUCGCGCUGAGGAGAGCAGCCGAAGUAGAGAAGCAGUGCUUGGAUGCAAAGUGAAAGAGAUGGAGCAGCUCAAGAUAGAGAACCAGGAGCUUAAAGACAAGCUGGCAGAAGAGAUUAGCCGCAUGCGUUAUUUCAUCACAGGGCAGAGGCCAGACGUGGUGUCCCUUGGCAACGCUGCAUUAGAAGUUGAGGAGCACAAGGACGACAAGGAGGCUUACAAUACGUCGAGCAAAGUGAAAUGAAGGGCCAAAGCAAACUCGAGAUGGUUUCUCUCAAUGAGCACUUGAGACUGGCCAACGCAGUACUACAGGGAGAGUGAUGGAAGCAACAAAUGAGAAAAAAAAAGUCAAAAUCCCCUUUAAUGACUCAUUAGACACAUUUUAUUGACUCGUGAGUUGACAACAUGCGAACAACAGUGAGGGGUUUUCAUUAUGCAGGCCUCACAUGAUAUGGUAUUUGUUAAAAUAUGUUUUGUUGAAACAGAUAAAUAGCAUAGGAGAGAGGUAGGAGAUAUGCAAAUGUAGAGGGAUGUAUCUGGAAGCACAAAUACCUCAUUCCUCCUUUGACCAUCUGAUAUUCAACAAUGAAGACUAUAUAUGGAAAUAAAAGACAAUAAGGGCAGUUUGCAAUGUGUUACUGUCAUGCUUACACAAUAUGGGCACAUCUUAC